CCAACUUGAAAGAGUACUUCCGGUGGACACAUUUUCGAUUUUGACUUUCAAUCUUAUCUUUAUUGCUUAAUAUAUAGUCCAAGGAUGCACCUAACGAAGUAUCUGCAAUAUUUUGUUAGACGUAGGCAUAUACCAGGACAUCUUUUUAAAGGCAAAGUACGCUAUUGGCCUCGAGUGACACAUGAGGCAAAACUGAAAGCUGUGGUAGAUUCACUGAGGGAACAAGACAAUGUUGAUCUGCUUAGUAGGCCUUACAUAACUGAGGAACAAGAGCACAAUUACAUGUAUGAGUCCGGGAAAGUGGCAGAAAGGAUUUUAGCAGAGAAAGAAAAAUGUAAAAGCAACUUUUUCAAACACAGAUCCAUGGAGGAACAUUUAGCACAUUUAAAUCACACUAAAAGCUGGGAAUAGUUGAAGAUUUCAGUAGCUAUAGUAAGGAAUCGUUUAUAGGGCUAUUGUACAUUAAUGUUAUAUUUGUGUGUGUUUCAAUGGAAGAAAUAGUACAGAAAAAUUGAAAUAUUAAUAUUAUGUUUGGGAUUGCAAACCUACUUGUCAAAAUUGAAUGGUGGCCUGUUAUCAUGUGAUAUUUCAACACAUGUUGAAAUAUCAAAUGGCUAAGAUAACAAUAAUGGAGAUGGGCACUGGAGCAGCACCAAUAAUACACAGAAUUUAUAGAAGGCCUCAAUGUUUGAACUUGAGUCCACCCAUGCUGAUAUGUUAAUGUGAACUGAGUCA